AAUGUGUACAUGCGGUUUUCCAUGCAGUCCGCACCAGCGUCAAAUGUGGUCCUUGAGCGACACUGAGCUGCCUAUUGGGUUUACAUGGCCCUCGGGAUCCAGAGCCACGAUUUUGUCCAUGCCUUGAUGUAUAAUUUCCCACUCUGUGGUUGAAAUCCCAGCACACAGUAGAAGAUGCUGCAGUGCCUCAUAUCUGUCCGAAGCCUGCGCAGGGCCACAAGGCUUGGAUCAGUGCUUCAAGCAACUUCUCUACCACAGCCUCCCAUGGUUCUUUGCUGCUGCGUGCCUCACCUGUCCCGUCUCACCACAAACCAGCGCUGGAUCCUCACCUCUGCCUCCUCCAGAGCUGCUCCUCCUUCUAAACCUCCUGCGGACAAAUCUGAUUCCCCUUCUCCUGCCUCAGAUCAGUUAGCAGACAUAGACCCUUUUCAGGACAAGUCUGUGGGACUGUUUCAGAGAUUUAAGAAAACUUUCAAACAAUAUGGCAAAGUUAUGAUUCCUGUUCAUCUCGUCACAUCAUCCGUCUGGUUUGGAACUUUCUACUAUGCUGCUAUGAAAGGUGUGAAUGUUGUGCCAUUCUUGGAGAUGAUUGGGCUCCCAGAGUCACUUGUCAGCCUUUUGAGAGACUCUUCUAGUGGCUACGCAUUAACUGCAUAUGCAAUGUACAAGAUUGCCACUCCUGCUCGGUACACAGUGACUCUGGGUGGGACGUCCCUUUCUGUGCAGUAUCUCAGAAAGCAUGGCUACAUAACCACGCCUCCCCCGGUCACAGAGUACAUCCAGGACAGGAUGGAAGAGACCAAGGAGCGACUGACGGAGAAGAUGGAGGAGACUAAAGAGCGAUUCUCUGAAAAAAUGGAGGAAACAAAAGAACGCUUCUCUGAAAAGAUGGAGGAGACCAAGGACAAGCUCUCUGAGAAAAUCCAGGAAACCAAAGACAGGGUUUCUUUUCGAAAGAAGAACGAAUAAGACUACAGUGAAUUACAGUCGCAUGACAAUAAAGUGAUAUUGUAAAAAGACAUUUUAUUUCAGUAGUUUAAUCCUGGCAAAAUUAAAUAAAUCCCAACUCAUCAUUCAUCAUUCACAAUGAUUACUUUAAAUAACUAGAUGUGUAUACUCACUAUAUUCAUGGGAGUUAUUCACAUGAUUCUUCCUGUUAUGAAGCACUCAAAUAAUAUUUUUUGUGUUGAAAAUUGCAAUGGCAACAGACCUUGUUCCUCAUUACUCUGAAACCCAUGAAUGCAAUAUACAUUCUUAAACAUAGUCAUUUCAACUACUAAAAUAAUUUACAUUUUGCACAAUAUUUAUUUUACUGACAUGCACUGUAUCCUGAGAGGAUUUCGCAGAGAAACGCACAGCACUUACGGAGAGAGACAAUGCACUAAACUGUCCGAAAAUUUCACCUCACAAAUACUCAGUUAGCGUAUGUCCCACGCCCAACCCUCAGACUUCCUGUUGCUUGGUUUUGCAUCACCAUGUGUAUCAUUGGUUAGUGUGGUGACAUGCACUAAAAACUGUUGGCUGUAGGUUAACUUAUGCAUAAGUUAUAGCAGUGUGAAGGGACAGUGCAAAUCCUUCUUUGUGUCAGGAGAAUAAAACUUGAAGUUCAUGGUUUCCUGUGUGUAAACUUUAUCAAAGCCUUUAGGAAGGUUGGAGUUCACCUUGUGUCUUUUUAUAAUGUGUCAAUAGAAAGAUUUUGUUUUCUAACAUAUUUUUAUCUGAUAACCAAAGCUAAUAUAUGAUGUUGGUGUCUAUUUGAUUCACAGAAGACCACAUGAAUUCACAUUAGAAGAGAAACUGCUACACAUGGAAUAAUAAUGCUAUUAAAAGUUGUAUAAUGAGA